AUGAAUAUACUAACUACUGUGACCCUUGCCAUGGGUCUGGUUGGCGCCAAAAGCGCCAGCAUGGAUAUUUAUCCAGCUCCCUACGACGGCAGCAUCGACGUUACAGGGAUGGGUCAAACUUUUUACAAAGUAUCAAAAGGCCAAGUGUUGAAUGAACACAAAGAUAUUAAGGUGGACCUGAAGAAAUAUGAAUACGAAACUACAUUGGAUCGGUUUGACAGAGGUCUUGAGGCAUGUGCAAAUCACAAAGGCUGCAUGAGCUUUGACUUGAUUGAGGAAAACCUGAAGUGUUACCUCACUUAUAAGAUAUUUACAGGAUGGGAUGAUGGGCAACUAAAGACAGAUAAGAAUGCCGUCCUGGGCUUUUUAGUUCAAAGCGGUCGGUUUUGGGGAUGACCGUCUGUUUUAUAGUACAAAGAAAGGUUAGGUCUUGAACGGACAUAAUGAUAAAACUGUAAGCCUAAAGCAUCUUGACCACCAGACUGUCGCCGAACGAUGGCAAUAUUGUGCACAAGAGUGCUAUAAAAAUGAAUGGUGUCAAAGCUGGAAUUUAGUUGAAGAUAAGCAAGUGUGUUUUCUGUCUAAGAAAAAUGUCGAGUGGGACUCAGACGGUCUCAAAACCGAUUCCGAAGCAAUCUUGGGCUUCUUCAAAAAUCGGUGAUAUAUAUAUAUAUAUAUAUAUAUAU